GGUUCCGGAGCCGGUUUGACCAAGAGAGAACGCGGCGGGACAUAUUGGAAGUUCGGAGCGUCUGCCCGCGCCAUGGGGGGCUGGAGGCUGUUGGCUCGCGCAGCCGACGGGCUGUGGGCUCUGGGCGGUGGUAGGGGUUGCGGGUCACACGUCAGCUUUAUUGUGCGAUGCACCCAUGGGGCUAGUUCUACCUGGUGGCAUGAACAUCUGUCUGAAGAAAAUUACGAGUUUCUUAAACAGUUAACUGCUGAAGAGUAUAAGGCUCAAACAGCAAGUAAACUGUGUCCUCUAAAGGACGAACCAUGGCCCAUACAUCCUUGGGAGCCAGGUUCCGUAAGAGUUGGUCUUAUUGCUUUAAAAUUGGGCAUGAUGCCUUUAUGGACCAAGGAUGGUAAAAAACACGCUGUCACAUUACUUCAGGUACAAGAUUGUCACAUCCUAAAAUAUAUGCCAAAGGAAGAAUGUGAUGGGGUUCGAGGACGCCUAAUAGUAGGAGGAAAAAAUGUAUCCCAGUUCUAUAAAUCUGAAUCGGUAAUGGAAAUGUACAGAGAAGUUGGAGUGCCACCGAAACAGAAAUUCUCAUCAUUUCGUGUGACUGAUAAUGCUAUAAUUAAACCAGGCACUCCUCUAUACGCUGCUCACUUUCGCCCUGGACAGUAUGUGGAUGUUACAGCCAAAACAAUUGGCAAAGGUUUUCAAGGAGUCAUGAAAAGGUGGGGCUUUAAAGGACAACCUGCCACUCAUGGUCAGACUAAAACCCACAGAAGACCUGGAGCAAUAGCAACUGGGGACAUUGCCAGAGUUUGGCCUGGAAAAAAAAUGCCUGGUAAAAUGGGUAAUAUAUAUCGCACAGAUUUUGGCUUAAAGGUAUGGAGGAUAAACACAGAACACAAUAUAAUCUAUGUGAAAGGCUCUGUGCCUGGACAUAAGAAUUGCUUAGUAAAAGUCCGGGAUUCUCAUCUGCCUCCCUAUAAAGACUAUGCCAAAAAUCUGCCGUUCCCUACCUAUUUUCCUGACAGUGAUAAUGCAGAGAAGCUACCGGAGGAUCUAUAUGCUGAUGAUGUUUAUCAGCCCAGCGAACCCUCCAUCGUCUAUACUUAACACCCCUUGUGCACGUCCAGCUCACCUUCUGUGAACGUUACAGAGUUGGAAGCACAACCGGUGACCACCUUCCUCUCUCACAGUCUUACAGUAGCACAUCGUGUCCUUCAAGUCAAGGGAAUGACUCCUCAAUCCAACAUGGACUUUUAAAUCACGGUAUUAAAUAGAAUUGAUCAAUGUUUGAAUUUUAAACUGGAUAGCAAUUUGCUUAUUAAAAAUGUUUUUAUGAUAA